ACACGCAUGGAAAAUUUCACGCAUUUUCGACACAUAUUGACGGUUUUAGCCUUUGCUAUAAUAAUAGUAGUCGAGGGGCAGCAGUCGAAUAGUAGUAGCGUGUGCACCGGGCCGAUGAUACGUAGCUUCAGCUCGUGCAUCAGUUUUCUGAGCGGUGGUUCGAAGUCAUCUUCACCGACUUCAGCUUGUUGUGCAUCACUCAAAGAUUUGAUGAUCAACGGUCAAGAUUGCUUGUGCCUAAUAGUUACGGGAGGUGUACCUUUCCAAAUUCCGAACCGGAAUUUGGCCCUCUCUCUUCCUCGUGCUUGUAAAAUGUCUGGUGUGCCCGUUGAGUGCAAAGCCACUGCAAGUCCAGUUCCAGCUCCAGAUCCAAAAACUCCAAGACAGAGUGGACCAAGUAUAAGUCCUGGAUUAUCUCCUCCAAGCCCUCGAGCUCCAUUUAUUCCACAGCCCUUAACACCACCAUCUCCCACACCGGUCGGAGGCGGCGGCAGAACACCAUUUGUUCCGCCGUCAAGUGACUCAAUUCCGACCAUGACGCCGCCCGGAAUGCGGCCAACUUUGACUACUUCAGCUGCAAAGCCUCCAUCUCACAGUGUUUUGCCAAUAUCUCUUCUUGUAGCAGUGUUGGGAUUUUUCCUACUCAAGUGAUCAUUAAUAUUGCUAGGGUUCUUGUAUUAUUAUUAUUAUUAUCAUUAGGCAAAUUAUAUUCUUUUGGAUUGAGUGGAAUUGAUUAAUUUAAUAAUAUGUAGGGAAAAAGUAUAUUUAGGAUUUCUUUUUUUUUUU